UUCUCAAGAGUGCCGUUAUGCUAACGACGAAAGAAAUCCCAAGCGUUUCCGGGUCUACUUAGCAACAGCGAGGACCACACCAGGGGGGAAGGAAAAAAAAAAAUCAUCGUCUAGACUUUCGGGUGUCUAACUCAAGGCGUCUCAACUUGCUCCCUUGAGUUUUUAAUAAAUGCAGACAGCAGGGCGCCGGACUUUAAGACACGCUGUGAAAGCGGCAGGACCUAGCCUGGAAGGCUCGAGCGGCAGUAUCCUUCCGCGAGCUCCGAGAACGGAGUCCUGGUCCUUUUAGACUGGCUGCCAAGGGGUGGGGCGUAGGCCGGAAGUUGCUACGGCGCGGGGCGGAAGUUACGGCGCGGGGCCGAAGUCUGGCCGGCGACGGGCGGAAGUAGAGCGCCCAGGUCUGCAGCCAUGGCUCAAGAAGAGGAAGAUGUUAGAGAUUACAAUUUGACGGAGGAACAGAAGGCGAUCAAGGACAAGUACCCUCCAGUCAAUCGAAAGUAUGAAUAUUUGGAUCAUACAGCUGAUGUCCAGUUACACGCAUGGGGAGAUACUCUGGAGGAAGCAUUUGAGCAGUGUGCCAUGGCCAUGUUUGGUUACAUGACAGAUACUGGGACUGUGGAACCCCUCCAAACAGUGGAAGUAGAAACUCAAGGAGAUGACUUGCAGUCUCUGCUGUUUCACUUUUUGGAUGAGUGGCUUUACAAGUUCAGUGCUGACGAAUACUUCAUACCCCGGGAAGUGAAAGUACUCAAUAUUGAUCAAAAAAAUUUCAAGCUACGAUCAAUUGGGUGGGGAGAAGAAUUUUCAUUGUCCAAGCACCCUCAGGGAACAGAAGUCAAAGCAAUAACAUACUCAGCAAUGCAAGUCUAUAAUGAAGAGAAGCCAGAAGUUUUUGUGAUCAUCGACAUUUAAGAUACCAAGAAAAGGAAAAGAAAAGGACUCCUAUGAAGAACCGAUUUGUUUUCUUCAUUUGGAGAAGAUGCAGUGAUUCAUUUUCUGUGGUGUCUUUGCUAAGUGGAAAUGGAACUGGGCAUUUAAAGUGUGACUUUCAGAAGUGGAAAAUGGACGUAUAUCCUUCGUUUGUGAUUCCUUGCUGGUGAUUCUUCCAUCCCUGAGGGACAGUCGUGGUCAGUUGCAGCAAUUGCAGCGGGUGCCUUACACCCUUCCAGUGGACACAGCUGCGCCCGCUUGGUCAGAAGGAGUACCCACUGCUGUGAGCAGCCGCUGGGACGGAAUCUAACUUGCAACAAAAAGCUGGCCACGACAGACAGUAGAAGCCUGUGAUCCCAAUACUCAGGAUCCCGAGUUUGUGGCCAGCUGUGGCUAAGGAAUGAGUUCAGAGCUAGCCUAGGCAACUGAACAUGGCCCUGUCUCAGAAAAGAAAAGUGUAGGGCAGGAUGAACUUGCACAACAUGCACGAUGAGGUGUUUGAACUCACAGAGACCCGCCUGCCUCUGCCUCCCAAGUGCUGGGAUUAAAGGCGUGCGCCACCACCGCCUGGCUUCUCUCUGUCUUUUUAAGAAGCAAUGAUAUUUCAUAUUUUCGUAGAAAAAAUAUCUGACACUGUGCCUUA